GUCGAGGCUGUGCAGGAAACAGAAUUGUACUAUGAUUUGUACAAUUAGCGAAUUUGGUUAUUUGAGAUAUUACAAAUAGCAGUAAGAUGGAGUGCACUGCUGAAACUUCGAUUCUAGAAUUAAAAGAACAUCGAAUAUUGAGAUUUUAUUGUGAAAAAUGUCUACAAUUCGAGACGCACACUCUACUUCAAAACUCAAUAGAAGACAAAAUAAAAAUUAUUGAAUCCAAAGAUGAAAUAAUAACGUUACUUAAACAAAAACUAACGGAGUCCGAAUCAUCACGUAUACCAAUAACAACAUCAUCAUAUAGUCAAAUAGCACAAACUGAAAUAAAAAAAUCACCAAAAAUAAACAUAAAUCUUCCCGGAAUCAUUAUUAAACCAAAGCAAAAACAAACUGCCGAAAAAACUGAAAAGGAUAUAAAGGAAGCUAUAGUUCCAAAAGAUCUUCGAAUUGCCGUAAAAAAUACUAAAAAAAUAAAAGAUAGUAGUAUUCUUAUUCAAUGCUGCAAUAAGGAACAUGUUGACAUUCUAAAAAAAGAAGCAGAAUCCAAAUUAAAGAACUAUGAAGUACAAGUAACAAAAUUAAGGCUACCGAGGUUCAAAAUAAUAGGAUGUACCACCAAUCUUAGCGAAAAGGAGAUAGAGAACUCUAUAAGAAAGCAAAACAAUUUUAUCACCGAGCAAAACAAACUUAAAAUAACAUAUAAUAAAAAAGCUAGAAAUGACAAAGGUAAAUCCAUAGUUUUUGGUGAAUGUGACCCCAUUUUAUUUAGUAAACUGAUAUAUGAAAAGAAAAUUUUCUUUGGUUGGCAAAGGUAUCCAGUAUACGAGGAUUUGAGUAUACAGCGAUGUUUUAAGUGUCAACAAUUUUACCACAAAAUUGAAAAUUGUCCUAAUGAAGCUGUAUGUGAAUUUUGCUCCAACAAACAUGAUGUAUCUGAAUGUCCGAAAUUACAAAAAAAAUGCGUCAACUGCAUUUCAGCAAACAUGAAAUACAAAAGUAAUUACAACACAGUUCAUGAAGCAAACAACCCAGAAUGUCCAUCUUAUCAGUACCAGUUGAAUCUUCUGCGAACGAAAAUAGAUUAUCAUGGGUAA